AUGAGCUCGACAUCCAACACGCAGGCUGAGCCGAGCUAUGCGCUCGUGCCGCCCAAGUAUGCAUCGAACACUUCGACUUCCUCGAAUGCCUCCACCCGGCAUCCCGUCUAUGCGGGCGUGCACGACACCAUGCGCCACGGCACCGCCAACGUACUCCACCAGGUCUCGACUGCGUCGCACCACCCCGUUCAGAACCGACUCGAGAACUGGGAGGCCACGCGCGACAACCUCAAGCUCACCAUGCAGCGCAACGUGCACGGCCUCGGCGCACCUGCUCACAUCCUCAUGGAACGAAAGAUCGCAAGCUACAAUCCCGCAUUUGAUCCUACUACGAGCUCCAACUCCAUCUCCAAGGUGCAUCUCGACAUCUUGAACGGCGAUGAUGAACGCAUCGAGCCUCGCGACUUCUUGCCCUCCGAAAUCUCAUCCACCAUCCCAGACAUGCACUCCGUCAUGGAACGUCGUCUCGGCUUGUAA